UAGAGUGCGUUGCAGUGGUUGCUACUCGUCGGACGAUUGAGAGAUAUUUCGAGGUGAAUAAAACAAUGCCAAAUAGAAUUUUAGUUUAUAGCAAAUGCACUCAAAAUACUUGGAUAUUACGUACAAUUUUAAAACGUUAAGCUCGGAACUAGACUGCCGAACACCGGCCCUCCAGGAGCUGUUAUGCUGGGGCCACAUCACAAGAUAAUCGGCCCGAUUUCUCCCCUUUCGACAGUUCUAGGUAAAGUCCCGAUGAUCUUAAACGGCUCUAAAGAUUAUUUUGUCAGAUUUCACUGUGAUGUGAUGUGAGUGAAUUAACCUGAUCGGAAGAACAUCAGAGUUGAAUAUUGACCAUCAGAAAUCCUUAAACGCACAAGAUUGUCACCUGGAACAAAACAAUACCCUAUAGAAAGUCAGCCGACGGAAGUAUACAGCCGAGUUAUCACUCCAACAAACCCUUUUCUUUAUUCUGUCAAAAGCAUUACAAACACUAUCAAUGCAAUUACGAUUAAUUUCACUAAAAAACAGUCAAGUGACGGUAGUUGUGGAGUCCGAGUUUGCGGAUGAUUUAAGGUGGAUCAGAAAAAUAGGUCGAGUGGAGCUGGUCGAGCCAGUAGACUCUAUCGAGUGAUAAUAUCAGCAGCUAUUUUGUUUACCAAUACUUUAUUAAUAUUCCUUUUUAACAACUGUGAAGACAUAAAUACAACAAUAUUUGAGUUGCGUUAAAAUGACGUCUAGUGCUUUGCCACCUUAAAUGCUUUAGACGACGCUGCUUGAGCAAUUUCUCAACGAUGAAUAAUAUUCUUAAAAUAACAUAAAAGGUUUUAUAUACACACAUUUGUUUAUAUUGAACACAUGUAUAAUAACAUAGCUUACAGUGAAAUAAUAAUUUACUUAUUCUGAAAUCUCGAGAGAAUUUUCGAGAUCUCCUGUGUUCGCAGUCAGGACUCUGAAGCAAAAUAAUUAAAUAUUUUUCUCCUCAUGUUUGUGGCCUCUCACCGUUUAAAACUCUUAAAAGAUUUAAAAAAAUAUUUUGAUGUGGACCCAGCAUUAGAAGUAGAUGAUAUGUAGGUAAAUAAUGUGUCAUCCUCUCUGAAAAACAGACUGAAGUGUCACAAUCAAAUUUUAAGAUAACGAGUAAGUUUGUAAAGUUUGCUUUCGUUAUGAUUUUAAUCUUUGACACGGCCUCAGUAUUAAAGAUAUAAAGGUAAUAUUUGUAUGAUGGUUUUAUGUCGAAAACUUAAAUCACAAAAGUGACUAGCCGGUGGAUUUUCACAGGCAGGGCAUGUCCUCCAUAAUCCUCUGCACUAAUGUAGUAUGUCAUAUCACACAGUCUUCAGUGAAGCCAUUUCCACACCAAUUCUUCUAUAAACACAGUGAAGAGCCAAAUAAGCAGGAAUCACACCUGCUGUCAAACACCACUGUUCUGAUCCACUGUUGAAAUAAUGGAGCCUGUUAAAGAGGAAAGAGAUAAAAAAUCGUGGACAAUGAGAGACGAGGAUGCUGAGGAAAAAACAGAGCUGAAGGGAGUGAAAGAGAAAGAUCAAGAACAACAUGAAAAGAAAUACGAACAUCACCACGACAAUUUCAAAGCUGAAGAAAAUUCUUUUAGCUCCUCACAAACUGAUGAGAAUUCCCCUCAAGAAAGAGAUGAUGACAACAAUUAUUUUGUGUGCCAUAUUUGCGAUGAGACUUUCUCACUUAAAGGGCGCCUAACGGAUCAUAUGAGGAUUCACAGUUGUGAAGGUUCUUACACCUGCCCGCAGUGUGAAAAGAGUUUUUCACGAAGAAGGAAUCUUUAUCUUCACAUAAAGACUCACUCUAGAGAGAGACUAUACUCCUGUCCUCAAUGUGAUAAGGCUUUCAAAAGUAAAGGGAAUCUUCUAGAACAUAUACUGACUCACACUAACCAAAAGCCUUUCUCAUGCUCUCAAUGUGGAAAGAGUUUUAAACAUAAUAGAAGCCUUACUAAUCAUAUAAAGUGUCACACUGGUGAUGGGCCUUACACCUGCCCUCAGUGUGAUAAGACUUACACAAGUAAAGCAAAUCUAGAGAAUCACAUACGAGUUCACACGGGAGAGAAACCUUUCAAGUGCCCUCGGUGUGAUAAGGCUUACACAAUUAAAGCAAGUCUAGAGAAUCACAUACGAGUUCACACGGGAGAGAAACCUUUCAAGUGCCCUCAAUGUGAUAAGAGUUUUACACAACAAGGACAUCUUAAGUAUCACAUACGGAUUCAUACAGGCGAGAAGCCUUACUCGUGUAAUCUGUGUGAUAAGAGUUUUACACAUAGACUAAGUCUCAAACGUCAUAUGAUGGGACACUCGAAUGAAAGGCCGAUAAAUGUGACCAGUGUGAUCCAAGUCUCACUUAGAAGAGAGCUGUCAACAAAGUGAACAUGUCGCCUACAGUUAUGAAGUAGGUUCUCUUGUUUAAUUUACCAUGUUCUGUUAAUAAGCCAUUUUGGAUCCAGUGCAUCUAUAUCUCCAUCAACUAUAUCUCUAUUAAUAUUCAAAAGCGUUCAAUUUUGUUCACGAUGGUUGUGAUGCAGAGAACCGAAAAUGAUUGAUAUUGAAUUGAGAUUAAUAAAAACUAGAACACCCGAACAGAAAAUGGUAAUUUUUUCACAGUCAUUUCACUUCAGUUCCAUAGAUCGUUUUUUUUUGCCUGAAUUAUCGCAGUGAUUCCCAUGUUCGGAAGUACAUAUUUUGGAUGUCUCUCUUUUGUCUUCUCUUCCUGAGUUCGAGUCCUCGUUUGUGGUCAUUCCUGGUUCCUGUUCCCCUCUCUGAUCCCAUAAUUUCCUUUCAAUAUAAAUGCCAAAAAAUA